UCGGCGGACAAGAUGGCGGCGCCCAGUUGUGAAAUCCCUAAUGGCGGCGUCGCUGCCGCCCGUUAUUGCCUGGUAAGCGGCAUCCCGGCCGCGCUGCGCUCUGCCCAUCUCCGUGCCUACUUCAGCCAGUUCCUGGAGGCCGGCGGUUUCCUUUGCUUCCACUACCGCCACCGCCCCGAGCGCCCGCUGGCGGGCGGCAGCGAUGGGCAGAGCGCAGCGCCCAGCACCUGCUGCUGCCCGGUGGCCGUGCGGCCCGGCCGGGCCCGGCGCUUCGUCCGCAUGUACUCGGGCAGACGCUGGGUCGGGCCCGGCGGCACCUCAUUGCCUGGCCGCUGCCACGUCCGCAGGGUCCGCCUCAGCCCCGGGACAGGCACAGAGACGUUUCCCAGUGCAGUGGACAUGAAGGCUGAGGGUGAAACCGUCACGGAAUCGGACUUGAAGCGGCUGCCUGAGUUCAACCCCCCUUCCUUUAUGCCUUUUGGGAACGUGGGCACCCCUCUGAAAGUCUUUCUGGAGCUGAUCCGUGCCUGCAGGCUGCCUCCCAGGAUCAUCAAGAAAUUACAGCUGGAUUUCCCAAAGACAGGCUCGUCCCGGAGGUAUGGCAACGUGCCUUUUGAAUACCAGAACACUGAGACGGUUAUAGAAGAAGAAAGAGUUUACACUGCUACGGGGGAUGAGAUCACAGAGGACGAGGGGCCUGUGGCAAGAUCUGAGGUGACUGAUCCAGCCAGUGCUGAGGAAGACGAGGUGGGGCAGGAAAAGGAGGAAGAGGAGUCGCACUCGGAUGACGACAAUGAUACCUGUGAGGAAUGGGAGCGACACGAGGCUCUGCAUGAGGAUGUGACCAAGCAGGAUCGUGUGGAGGAGCGGCUGUUUGAGGAGGAGAUUGAGCUGAAGUGGGAGAAAGGAGGUUCAGGCCUUGUCUUCUACACAGAUGCUCAGUACUGGCGGGAGGAGAAUGGAGACUUUGAUGAGCAGACUGCUGAUGACUGGGAUGUGGACAUGAGCAUCUACUAUGACAAAGAUGGAGGUGACAAGGAUGCUCGUGACUCAGUCCAGAUGUGGCUGGAACAGAGACUUCGAGAUGGUUUGGAGGAUGGGUCUACAUCAGGGCAGCAAAUCGGCACCUUUGAGAGAUACACCAAGGGCUUUGGCAGGAAGGUUCUGGAGCAGCAGGGCUGGACGGAGGGGCUGGGACUGGGGAGCAACAACUCUGGAAUGGCUGAAGCUCUUGACAAUGAGGGUCAGAAUCCCAGGUGCAGGAGAGGUCUGGGGUACCAUGGGGAGAAACUGCCAGCAUUCAGCAAGGUGAAAAAGCCACGGAGAGAAACUCCUGUCCUCAUCUCAACCAUCUACGAUGACCCUGAGCCUGUGGACAGUGGUGACCAGCUGCUCAGGCGCCAGCCACCCACUGCCAUGAAGUACAGACAGGGCAUGCCUUUCGUCCGGGCGUCGCGUGGCACUCUGCAGAGCUCCAGCACUCAGUCACACUGAGCAGAGACAAUCACAGAGCCUUUUUACUGCUCCUGCUCCUGUUGACCACAGGCUGGCUCCUGCUGGUCUCAAUGCUGGAGUAGUUUGUUCAUAUAUUUAUUUUUGGAAGAAAUAAUUUGUAACGGAAAAUGCCCUGAUUAUUUUUUUUUACUCCUCCUAGAGCUAUUAAAGUGAGGGGAGAUAUUAAUGGUCCUAUUUGUUCACUGGGAACGAGGUGGGAAUUGCAUUUUUAUGCCAGAGCUUUAAAGCCAAUACUGCUGCCUAGAUCAGCAGAGCUGCUGUGUUAGGUCCGCAGCCAGCUCAGCCCAAAAAGCAGAGCGCAUAGUUCACAGCUCCUUGAGACCUAGGGCAGGACAAGUACAGACAGGGCCAGCUGUGGCAAUGUAACUGUCCUGCAGAAAGUUUGCUGCGGGCUCACAGCUUUGUCUUGCUUGGGCGUGACAAUCCCACAGUCCCAGCAGAAACUCACUGGGAUGAAAGACACGUCCUGGCAGCCUUCGGGAAGGCGUCUCCCUGUGGUCAGGUGUAGCAGCUGCUUCCUUCCAUGCUUCUCUGUGACAAAGCCUGGGCUGCAGAGAGCCCUGGGCUGAGAGCUUUCAUCCAUGUGACCUGGCGUUGUGGUGUUACAUGUGAAUUAAAUCUCCUCCGAGUCAGUGGGCUCCAGCCUUUUCCUGCUGCUUACUCUGCACUUCUCAUUAGGUGUGGCAG